UCGCUUCGCGCCACUGCGACGCACAGCCACAGCGUCCACAGAUCACAAGGCGCGCGCGCGCCGCGCGCCACACGCACACGCCCGCGAGACGCCCAGCGUCACGGGCUUUACCACCACGGCAUCGUAUGCGCCACUGCCUGCCGAUCCGGCCGCGCUGGCUGGCUGCUGUGUAGUGUGUACUCCUACUGCUGCUGCUAGUAUAGCACACCACGCCACUGCAUAAAACGCUCCCGGACACGCACAUUCUCCCGGAUUUUCCCACCACUUCUCUCGCUAACCCACAGUGUGGUCGUAUCCGCUGCAGUUUGCUAGCUUCACACUCCGAUGCCUCCUCGCCCGUAGCCGUGUCCAGCUGCUGUGCGACGCGAUGGCCGGCGUCGUGACGAGGGCGGUGGCGGCGGCGGUGCUGGUGGUGGUCGUGGUCGUGGCUGCUGCCGAGCUCGUGGCCGCGGAGCCGCCGCCGAGCGAGCGGUCGGCGCUGCUGGCGUUCCUGGCGGCGACGCCGCACGAGCGGCGUCUCGGGUGGAACUCCUCGACGUCGGCGUGCGGGUGGGUCGGGGUGACGUGCGACGCCGGGAACGCCACGGUGGUGCAGGUGCGGCUCCCCGGCGUGGGGCUCAUCGGCGCCAUCCCGCCGGGCACGCUCGGCCGCCUCACCAACCUGCAGGUGCUCUCCCUCCGCUCCAACCGCAUCCUCGGCGGCAUCCCCGACGACGUGCUCCAGCUCCCCCAGCUCCGCCUCCUCUUCCUCCAGAACAACCUCCUCUCCGGCGCCAUCCCGCCGGCGGUCAGCAAGCUCGCCGCCCUCGAGAGGCUCGUCCUCUCCAGCAACAACCUCUCGGGGCCCAUCCCCUUCACGCUCAACAACCUCACCUCGCUCCGCGCUCUCCGCCUCGACGGCAACAAGCUCUCCGGGAACAUCCCCAGCAUCAGCAUCCAGAGCCUCGUCGUCUUCAACGUCUCCGACAACAACCUCAAUGGCUCCAUCCCGGCGUCGCUCGCGCGCUUCCCGGCCGAGGACUUCGCCGGCAACCUCCAGCUCUGCGGCUCGCCGCUCCCGCCCUGCAAGUCGUUCUUCCCGUCCCCGUCGCCGUCGCCCGGGGUGAGCCCCGCCGACGUCCCCGGGGCGGCAUCCUCCUCCAAGAAGCGGAGGCUCUCCGGCGCCGCAAUCGCCGGCAUCGUCGUGGGCGCCGUCGUGCUGGCGCUGCUCCUCCUCGUCGCCGCCGUGCUCUGCGCGGUGUCCAAGCGGCGGCGAGGCGCCAGCGAGGGACCGAAGAGCACGACGGCGGCGGCGGCGGGUGCGGGCGCCGCCGCCGCGAGAGGUGUCCCCCCGCCGGGGUCCGGCGAGGGGACGGGCAUGACGUCGUCGUCCAAGGAGGACAUGGGCGGCGCGUCCGGGUCGGCCGCGGCGGCGGUGGCGGCGGUGGCGGCGGAGCCGAGCAGGCUGGUGUUCGUGGGGAAGGGGGCCGGGUACAGCUUCGACCUGGAGGACCUGCUGCGGGCGUCGGCGGAGGUGCUCGGGAAGGGGAGCGUGGGGACGUCGUACAAGGCGGUGCUGGAGGAAGGGACGACGGUGGUGGUGAAGCGGCUCAAGGACGUGGCGGUGGCGCGGCGCGAGUUCGACGCCCACAUGGACGCGCUCGGCAAGGUGGAGCACCGCAACGUCCUCCCCGUCCGCGCCUACUACUUCUCCAAGGACGAGAAGCUCCUCGUCUUCGACUACCUCCCCAACGGCAGCCUCUCCGCCAUGCUCCACGGGAGCCGGGGGUCCGGCAAGACGCCGCUGGACUGGGACGCGCGGAUGCGGUCGGCGCUGUCGGCGGCGCGCGGGCUGGCGCACCUGCACACGGUGCACAGCCUCGUGCACGGCAACGUCAAGUCCUCCAACGUCCUGCUCCGGCCGGACGCCGACGCGGCGGCGCUCUCGGACUUCUGCCUCCACCCGAUCUUCGCGCCGUCGUCGGCGCGCCCGGGCGCCGGCGGGUACCGCGCGCCGGAGGUGGUGGACACGCGGCGGCCGACGUACAAGGCGGACGUCUACUCCCUCGGCGUGCUCCUCCUAGAGCUCCUCACCGGCAAGUCGCCGACGCACGCGUCCCUGGAAGGGGACGGCACGCUGGACCUCCCACGGUGGGUGCAGUCCGUGGUGCGGGAGGAGUGGACGGCGGAGGUGUUCGACGUCGAGCUGGUGCGGCUCGGCGCGAGCGCGGAGGAGGAGAUGGUGGCGCUGCUCCAGGUGGCCAUGGCGUGCGUCGCCACCGUGCCCGACGCGCGGCCCGACGCCCCCGACGUGGUCAGGAUGAUCGAGGAGAUCGGCGGCGGCCACGGCCGGACGACGACGGAGGAGAGCGAGGAGGGCGUGCGGGGAACGUCGGAGGAGGAGCGGUCGCGGGGCACGCCUCCGGCCGCCCCGACGCCGUGACGACGCCGGCGGCGGCGGCGGAAGACACCUUCUUGGUCAGGGUAAAGGUUAAAAAUUGCAUAGGUUCUUUGGCUGCCUGUAUGCCAAUGCUCUGUUCUUUGCCAAUUUUUUUCUCUUCUCUUCUCUUCUUCAGUUUCUUUUCCUGGGUAUUGUUUUGUUGGAUCAAAUUGUAUUUUUCUCAGGCUUCAUUCUUCCAAGUAAAUGUAUUUUUUUUCUUCUCUUUUUUUUACCUUCAUUUCAUCGUCUGCCCCCUUUGUGAUCAUUGUGCCUCAUCCUUCUUUCGUUUAUGUUGUUCUAGAAUUGAGUAAUCACAUGUUGAGCUGGGAGCAAAGGAAUUCCAAAACUAAUCAUUUCCAUGGCC